GUAGGAUGGGAGGUCUAAUCAACACCUUUUGAUGUUGGUCGUCGGUAUCUGGAAAAGCGGUACUUUACAAGGCCGGAUACCGUGUCUCAGAGGCCUCUAGACGAAAAUGGAAUAAAGUGGUCAAGGCAACAGGACAAGGCAAGCGCCCUGGGAUGAUGAUGAUGGAAUGAUGGUGAUAGCUUUUUAACGAGAGAUUUGGGACAAAGGCUGCCAACCUGUACUCACUUUCUUUUUUUCUUUGGCCAGGCGCCGAUAAUAUACAUUACAUUGACGUUUCUGUGAUCAUCGCGAAAUACUCGGACACUUUGCUCACUGCCGAAGUGGAACUUCUUUUUCUAAUAAUGUCUACAAGCAUCUCUCAUUUGUCAUUUUUCACCGCGUCGACCACUCCCGUAGCUUCGGGAAGUGAGUCAAACGGUUCUUUAACGGUGGCCAUUGUGACAGGUGUAGUGGGAGGUGUAUCCACAUGUGUUGUAAUUGGAUUGGUGAUUUAUUUGCUCGUUCAAAGACGAAGACAAAGGAAACAGGUCCGACAGGCGGGUUCUGACACAGAAAAAGGACCGGCGAUCACAAAAGAUAUCCCACCGCUUCCGGCAGUGUAUUACAGCAAAGGGGAAUUCUCCUCUUGGUCCACGGAGAGCCUUCCACCUGCGCGUCCCGCGAUUAAGGUGAUAACAGACCUUUCAACCGGAAAAACACUCCCUAAAUCACCGAGCAAACCUACGACGCCGAAGUGGAAACUGAAACGAGUACCCGUGCCGCGACUCUCGCGACUUCCGCCUUCUCCCAUGCUGAAUCGAGUUCACUCUCGUCUGUCUUUUUCACGAUCGAGCAGGUCGAGCAGUCGCCGGACCACGAAAAUAGACGCGGUACCCCCGGUUCCAGUUCUUCCUUCUCCCUCGCUACCCCCUACCCCCGUGCCAUCCGUACUAGUGUCGGUACCAGCUGGUGCAUCCUCGCCUACUAAUCCUUUUCCCUCUUCGGCUUUCUCCACACCAUCAGUCGCCACUCCCUCAGGCUCGCUUCCACCUACUACGCUCGCCAUCCCAACGUCAGCCUUUCCAGAUCCAGAUGUCCCAUCAUCAGCGGUUUUCCCACUGUACACCCUUUCGCCUGCGUUUCCAUCACCAUCAUUGUUUUCGUCACCAGUUGGAACUAUGCCAUCUGCUCAUCAGCGCCCUGCCGUAUCUUGAGAUGACGCCUUUUCUCCGGUUCCCGUCAUCCCUUAUCAUCUUGUCUCGUGGAUGCCUCGUAGUCGGUACGCGGGACCGAUGACAAUGGACUCUUUUUAUAGA